UGCGCAGUAGCUCAGUGAAAAGUCUGGUGGGUUUGUUUUUGAUGUUUGUUGCGGCGGGAAAAGGGUAAGAGGUGCUGGUCAUGUCGGCUAAAAAGGAGACCAGUCGCAAAUCCCAUGUUAUCUCCCCGGUUCUCUUCAUGUCUGUGGAGGGGGAGCCCAUGCGCUUCUUUGUGCGUCCGAGUCGCACCAAAGCCCAGCUCCAGCCCUACAUCAAGGCAGGGGGAGGAAUACUCUGCAAAGAACAGGAGCCAGGGGCCACUCUGCUACUCAACCCCGAGGACCUCCCCGCUCUUUCAGAAAGUGAUGCUCACCGGUACGUAUCCUCCCAGUACAUUCGGGACUGCAUUGAGAAGAACAUGCAGCUGGAUCUGGAGGACUACAGGUUUAGUUCUGAAGACGUCCAGAAAUGUUUUACCAGCAACUCCAGCAGUAGGAAUGUGACUGGCACCCCAAAAGGCAGGCUGGCCUACACACCAGAGGAGAAUGCUGCCAUUUUGAAGUACGUCAGCAAACGCAAGACAGAGGUCGGUGGAAACUUGUUGUGGCAAGAAAUGGAGAAACAGCUUGUGACCUAUCACAGCUGGCAGUCAAUGAAAUACCAUUAUAAGAUGCAUCUGGUGAAGAGAGAGCUGGAGGUGGAGGAAGAAAAGAGGACUGAGAAAGAGAACAAGACAGACGCCAACCCCAAACCAGGUGAAAGCGCACAGCCAGAAACAGCAGAGGCUCAAACAUCUAGGUCCUCUGAAGCCGAGGUGCCAUGUUUGCAGCCGCAGACAGAUGCUGAACCUGUGCCAGCUGAGAGCACACAACCAGAGACCACAGAACCACAAACGCUCAGCUCCCCUCAGCCAGAGUCCCUGCCAGACACCUCCUCUCAGACAAAGCAAAAGAAGAGGCAGACGGCCUCCCCUGCACCAGCUCAACCUCAGCGUCGAUCCACGCGCAGGAAGCUCGAGCUUGAGGAACCUUCAGGAAGACAGCUCAGAUCUUCUAGUACUCCUCAAAAAUUAGUGCCAUCACCUCGGCCCGCCAAGAAAGCCAAACCAGUAACGAAGCCUGCGACUCAGAAAGCAACACCGGUAGACGAACCUUCUUCUAAGAGAGCCAGAGGAAGAGGAGAGGUAGUUGUGGUGGAGAGCAGGCAGGAGGAGAAUGGACAAGCUAUGCCCUCAGAGCAGGCACAAGCAGCUAACACAGUGGUGGAGAAAGAGGCAGAGAACAGAGGGAAGAAAACAGAAAAGAGAAAAUUGGGGAUCUUGGAGAUGGCAACAAAAGAGUUUGAAGAUGGCAGUGAGUCCGAUCAAGAUGAAACCGCAGACCUCCAAAACCCAGCUCAAACAGCGGCAGAACAAGCUAGAUCGACUGAAACCCCCAAGGAGACUUCAGCUCCUGCCGUCUCAGCUGCUUCCCCACAGCCCGGCCCCGCCCAGGCUCCCGGCCCCGCCCAGGCUCCCGUCCCUGCUCAGGCUCCCGUCCCUGCUCAGGCUCCCUCCCCUGCUCAGGCUCCCUCCCCUGCUCAGGCACCCGGUCCCGCUCAGGCUCCCUCCCCUGCUCAGGCACCCGGCCCCGCUCAUACACCGGUCCCGCAGGAGACGAGGACAGAGGCUGAGGCCUCCAGCAGCAGUCACUGUCCAGAGCCAGCCUGUCCUGUCACUGCAUCCACCGACUGCAUUCUUACCGCCUCCAAGCCCCACCUCUUCAUAUUUGACAAGGAAUCCCAAGAUGAAGACUCUCAGUCAGUCCUUGAUAAGAUGACAGCGUCUCCUUCUGUCCCCCGGCCAGUAAAGCGCAAAGAUGCAGCAAUUUCACUGACUCAGGAGCAGUUGGAAGAGGACAAGGAGCGGCUCAGGGGACUGAUGAAACAGACAAACCAGGACUUGGUGAGUGUGACCAAGGCCCUGCUGAAGACCAGCGGAGACUUCUCUGCCGCGCUGCAGCUCCUCUUGUCUCCCUCCUCCUUUAUGAGACCAUUUUGGAAUCGCCAUGACGACAGUUUGUUGCGGUCAGCUGACCCUGAGGUACGCCAAGAACUCCUGGACAAAUACGGUGAGGAGCAUGUGGCCAAAAGACUGAUGUUCCUUGAGGUGGAGAGCUGAAUGAUAAACAUGGGAAGGAAGAUAGGAAAGAAAGGAGCAGGAGGAGCAAAGUGGGGUCUUGUAAUGGAGUGUACGCAUCUGUUAUACGUGUUUAAUCCCCCGUAUCAUCUGAUAUACAUGAUUCACACGUUUUUUUUUUUGUUUUGCUAGCUGUUGAUAAAUCAAGCAUCAAGUUGGUUGAUACUCUUUACAGUUGGUGUGUCAUCCCAGCUGUAAAAAAAAAAACAAAAAAAAAACAAACGAAAACCCAACACCAAUUUUAAAUAUUUUAAAUCUGUUAAAGGUAAAAAAGCUAGAAAACAAUGGAGGGUCCUGAACUCUAUAGAAAGUAAGAAGCUUUAUGCCAUGGUCUACUCUGGAUGAAUGCUCAGUUCUGAUUGGCUGAGGGGUGUGUGUGAAAACCAAACCAUCCUCUGUAACCAUAGAAACAACCGGAAACAGCAGCAAGCCCCCUAAACAUGAAAAGCUUUGUGCCUAAAUCAACCUAACUUGUUGACUUUGUGUCUAAGAUGUACGGCACAAUUGAGUAAAUGAUGCUAUUCUAUUUUUGACAAGUGACAUUGAUGUCAGUCGGAUCUUUUAUCAGAUGUGACGGUUGUGGUACUAAGCACAACACUUUAGCCAGAUAUUGACGACAGAGGAGUUCAGCGUUGCUCUGCGAGACAGUUUCAGUGUGACAGCUUUAAAUUGGCUAUAUAUUCUGCAUAUGUUCUCUACCUCAGUUUUGGGAAACAAUCCAUACUUUUAAUGCAUUGUUUUAACUGAGAACAAGGUCUUUUUGUUGAUCUGUUUUAAAUAGGCUGCCUGUCAGUUAAAAUGCUCAAUGAAUUAGGGUUGUUGGGGCCAUUAUUAAGCUAAUUUUUUCCACUUUGGGACCGUCACUGACCACAUUUAGUAACUCCUGCUGUAAAUAAUUAAAUAAAAUAUUGUUAAUAUCUUUUUAUGUCUA